AUGGAAGUCGAGGUCCUUCGCCACAAUGGCAUUCCUGAGUCCAGCAUUCUCUCCAUACGGGUGGGAAGUACUCGUCGACAAGUUCAAGUUUCACAGCUGGACAGGCCAUUGAAGUUCCCGACCAAGCUCGAGGAGUGCUCCUCUGUGAAGGUGGAAAUUCUUGACGUCGCGGGAACUGCGCGUGUAUCGUGCAGCGCAUCAACGUCGGAGUACAGUAUCCCUCUAGAGUCGCCGCUCGAGGGAGAGGGCAGCACUGGGAUGGAGGUGGGCCUGCGGCUAAGCGGCGCAGGUGCGGAUGCCUCGCACAGCGCAGCGGAGGAGUUGGAAAAGAGAAGGGAGGAGGAUGCCAAAUCCUAUUUGGAGAAACAUGGCCUGACUUCAUUCAUGCAGUUCCUCAUCCAAAGCCUGAUGAAGGACAAGCCAGAAGAUCCGUACAAGUUCCUUCAAAGGCAAGUGACCAAGAAGAUGAUGAUCGCCGAACUAUCCAGCGGCGGUUCAGCAGAUCAGAAGCUUGAGGAGGUGCUGUCGAAGCUGAGCUCCGAGGUGACAGACUGUGUACCUGCUGAGCAGUUGCACGACCUGCAGAAGCAGGCGGAGGAAGUAGGCGAGCAGCUGCGGAAAGACAACAAGGAACUGAGAGAAACGCUGGACAUGCUGAAGAGCAGGUAUCGGUCCCUGAUAGCGGAGAACUCCGAGCUUGCCCAACAGGUAGGGGAGGCUGGAGAAGGCAGCGACCUGGUCUCCAUGCAGGACGAUGUCGGCAAGAUGGUCAGCGAAAAUGCUCUGCUAGUGUCCGAGCUUACCAGCAACUGA